AAACCCCAAUUCUGUAACACCUAAUGACGACGUCAGUACAGAAUUGAACCAAUUAAAAAUAUAUCUGUACAAUCCGCAGUUCUUUUUCUGUUUAUAAAUAGGAUACUUUUUUUUUUUCAUAUUUUUCCUUUUUUUUCUUUUCUUCUUCAUAUUUUCUUUUCUACUAAAUAAAAUAGUCAACAUGCAAAUUUUUGUAAAAACACUCACUGGUAAGACAAUUACUUUAGAAGUCGAAUCAUCCGACUCUAUCGAAAAUGUCAAGCAAAAGAUUCAAGACAAGGAAGGUAUUCCACCAGACCAACAACGUCUUAUCUUUGCUGGUAAGCAACUUGAAGACGGUCGUUCUUUAAGUGACUACAAUAUCCAAAAGGAAUCCACUCUCCAUCUCGUUCUCCGUCUUCGUGGUGGUAUGCAAAUCUUCGUCAAGACUCUUACUGGUAAAACUAUCACUUUGGAGGUUGAGUCUUCUGAUUCAAUUGAGAAUGUUAAGCAAAAGAUUCAAGAUAAGGAAGGUAUCCCACCAGACCAACAACGUCUUAUCUUUGCCGGUAAGCAACUUGAAGACGGUCGUUCUUUAAGUGAUUACAACAUUCAAAAGGAAUCCACUCUCCAUCUCGUUCUCCGUCUUCGUGGUGGUAUGCAAAUCUUCGUCAAGACUCUUACUGGUAAGACCAUUACCUUGGAGGUUGAGUCUUCUGACUCUAUUGAGAACGUCAAGCAAAAGAUUCAAGAUAAGGAAGGUAUUCCCCCAGACCAACAACGUCUCAUUUUCGCCGGUAAACAACUCGAAGAUGGCCGCUCCUUAUCUGACUACAAUAUCCAAAAGGAAUCUACUCUUCACUUGGUUCUUCGUCUCCGUGGUGGUAUGCAAAUCUUUGUCAAGACACUCACUGGUAAAACUAUCACUUUGGAAGUUGAGUCCUCCGACUCUAUUGAAAACGUGAAGCAAAAGAUUCAAGAUAAGGAAGGUAUUCCACCAGAUCAACAACGUCUCAUCUUUGCUGGUAAACAACUCGAAGAUGGCCGCUCUUUAAGUGACUACAACAUUCAAAAGGAAUCUACUCUUCACUUGGUUCUCCGUCUCCGUGGUGGUAUGCAAAUUUUCGUAAAGACUCUCACUGGUAAGACUAUUACUUUGGAAGUUGAGUCUUCCGACUCCAUUGAAAACGUCAAGCAAAAGAUCCAAGACAAGGAAGGUAUUCCCCCAGAUCAACAACGUCUUAUUUUCGCUGGUAAACAACUUGAGGACGGUCGUUCUUUAUCUGAUUACAACAUCCAAAAGGAAUCUACUCUUCACUUGGUUCUCCGUCUCCGUGGUGGUAUGCAAAUUUUCGUAAAGACCCUCACUGGUAAGACCAUUACCUUGGAGGUUGAGUCUUCUGAUUCUAUUGAAAACGUCAAGCAAAAGAUCCAAGACAAGGAAGGUAUUCCCCCAGAUCAACAACGUCUUAUUUUCGCUGGUAAACAACUUGAGGAUGGUCGUUCUUUAUCCGAUUAUAACAUUCAAAAGGAAUCUACUCUCCAUCUUGUCCUUCGUCUCCGUGGUGGCCAAUAAUUCUCGCAUAAUAACAUAUAAAAAAAAAAAAAACUUUCCUAUUUCGCUUCUUUUUUUUUUAUCAUUUCUAUUAAGAAAAUAAAUCUAUAUCAUUGCUACCCCCCAUAAACAAAUAUGUCCCUUAUUUAAAUUUCCUCUUAAUUUUCCCACAUUUUCAAAUAGUUUU